AUGGACGUGGACAGCGUGAUCGCCCGCCAUCGGGCACGCCUCGACGAGCACCGCAAGUAUCUCGACAGUAGCACCGCAGGCACCGGCGGAUUCCUUACAAGUCCUGAUGCCAAUAGCAGCAGCCUCCUGCAAACCACCACAGUCCAUGUGGCAGACGAGAGUGUCUCGUCCCCACUGCCAGUGAAGCCGAUAAAUGAGGCCCGCGUUCCCUCUUCAUUCUCUUCCCCACCAGUCCUAACUACACAGAAGCAUGACGGGGAGAGUGGCAACCGUGACGAUCUGCAGCGCUGCCGAUCAGCCGAUGACACAAAAGAGGAGAAACGCAUGCAAAGGCGGCGUGAACUGUACAUCAACCAGACCCUGGCCCUGCAAGCCGCAGAUGCUGCGUAUCGAAAGCGGGAGGCUCAGCAGCAUCGGAGCAGCGAGGGACCAGCCGCAGAUGACGGCAAAAGCAACGACACGAAUGAGUCGCGCCGAGCUUGCAGUGGGCCCGUCGCAUUUUACGGCUACACCAGCACCCAAGAGCGCCUUGACGAAGAGAGCCGUUUCUUUGGGAGACAGCUUAAAGCCGCUGGCCGCUACUACGUGUCGAGGCCGGACGCCAUGUACACCAAGACGAAGCUGUGGCUUGAGGGCCGUGACCGCUCCCUACAGCAGCUGAAGCACGAGCGCAUGCUCAACACUCUCAACGAGUGUUCCUUCAACCCACGGCUGUCAACGCCCCCCAGCGAUCCUCGUCGCGCUCGUUCCAUGCGAGCCACAUCUUAUUUUCGCGACGACCCGGGUGUGGCCGCCCACUUGGAGAGACUGGAUGAGGCGCGGCAGCAGCGGGUCGAGGCGGAGCGGCGGCUGCGUGGGAAAGAGGCAGGCACGUGGCAGAACCGACUCACAGUGCCGAAGGAGUUUGAAUUUGCGAGGCGCGUCACCGCCAUUCCGUCGCUCCGUAGGCCGUUUGUCAGUGCCGUCCCGCUCCACGACGACAAUGGUGUGGGCGAUGAGGAAGAGGGAGCACAUGAGAACAAUGCCCAUGCAGGCGCCCAACAAGGCAGUGAACGCGGUGCCGCUCCACCCGCUGAAUGCCAGCCAGAGAAGGCGGAGGACAUGCCGUCCAUCAGAGUGCCCGGUGGGGUGCAUGAGAAAGACGAAGGUGUCGCUACCACUACUGCUGCUGUUGAUGCUUCUGUGGACGAUGACGCCGCUACGCCCACGACGGCAGCGAUGCCUCCACAACUGAAGGUGGUUGUUGCUCGCCUCGAAGAGCAACUAGCAGAGAAGGAUCAGAUGCUGCAGCAACAGAAGGGUGAAAUUGCUUCGCUGCGUCGCCAGCUGGAGGUAGUAAGGGCGACUGUGCGGCGCCUCUCCCUCCAGGACGUUGCACCGGGAGAGGCUGGCAGGUGA